GAAACACUGAUUACUUACGCCUCUGUGGUACGGCACGGAUAAAAUUGGUACCCGUACCACUUUUUUGGUUCUUGGACUACCUGUAUUAUAGUCUCUUGUCUCAUGAUUUGCAUUUUCGGCCGCUUAUACGCUACAACUCAUGACAUGACGAGUUGUAGCGUAUAAGCGGCCGAAAAUGCAAAUCAUGAGACAAGAGACUAUAAUAUAGGUAGUCCAAGAACCAAAAACUGGUCAUGUUGUAAUUAUAUUGUAUCUAUACAUUGAAAGCGAUGUCUACAGAAAGUGGAUUCGUUUGAAUUUUCUUCAAAAUCUCUCAAAAACCCAAUUCUACCCAGACGAAGCUAUAAUUUUCAUAGUGUUUAAUGAUGGAAUGUCAGGAAUUUCGCCAAUAGAUAAUCUCAAAAUCGAACUUUAAUCGUAAAAUUAACAAACUUCUGGUUCGAAUUUUCCAAUAAGGUUGGUAUUUUUAUAAUCGGAAAAGACCAAAUUUUCAGAAAUUUCAUAUACUCUUUAUAGUUGGCAAAAAGUUGCAAAUUAAUGCUUAGAUGCCAUCAGAAGAAAACGAAGAGCAAAAUAACGAUGUGGAUGACCGAUUUCACCUGUGAAGAUGGUAAAUAUUUUAAUUAUUCGUUAAUAUUUAAUCAUUUGCAUUACAAAAUAAGAUAGUACAAAUAUAUUUCAAAUAAUUUUUCCCGCAUAGCCAUUUGCCCGCGAAACCGAGGCUUGAACAUGUCGUCAAACUUUGUAAGUUGAUUUUAUAAAAUUACUAAAUUAGUUUGUUCUCACAACGUCAAAAACACCUAACCGUGUCUAUUUGAACUAAUUGAAAUAUAUCCUUGUUUUUUUUCUUUCGAAAGGAGGGCAUUAAAGGCUACAAAUUCACAAAUUGGUCAAAGACAUUCCGAUGCGAGCCUGAGCUGUACUUUGAACCAACGAACCACGACGAAAUUCGCAAGGUAAUUUGAGAUUUUUACGUGUUAUUUUCUUUAUUUCCUGCUGUAGUAAGGUAGCGAUUUAAAUGGUGACCAAAUUUGGAGAAGUUAAACUGUGAUUCAAGGAAUUGCGGUGCCCGUGCCAUUUUUGGCACCGCAUUAUAUUGCGGUGCCCAAAGUUUGGCACCGCAUUAUAUUCUGCCUGUGAGUUUGUUUGUUAGUUUGUUUGUUAGUUUGUUCGCAUUAUUAAUCGUGUACACUCAUGAUGAUCGACAGUUUGCUGCGUCUUAUCUCUGGUUUUAUGCGCCCAAUAAGGACAAAAAUACCACCGUUCGAUUCAGUGUAAGAAAUUAUACUUACAGAUGUCAAAUGAAUUACUAAACUACAGUAUUCUAGCGAUUUAUGGCCUUUGAAAGACAAGUGAAAUUGUAUUGUUCACAAAUCGCUCAGAAUUAUUAAACUAAUUAAAAAUGCAAUACAUUUGACCUUGAUAACUUUCGUAUUGUUGGUUUUCUCUUUUUCGUCCGUUUACCAGUCGAUUUGUCUCACUUUUCCCUUUAUUUUGUUUGUAGUUUCAGCCCAAAAUAUUAUAUUUUGAAGGUUUUAAUGUGCAGUUUUAAUAUAGUCACUAGACUGCCGGUCAUUUAGUAUUUGAUAAACCGUGACCGGCUGCCGGUCAUAUAGUCACUUUGUUUUAAUAAGCGAAAUUGUAUUGUUUACAAAUCGCUCAAAAUUAUUAAGCUAAUUAAAAAUGCAGUCCGUUUAAUCCUUGAUAACGUCGGAAUUGUUGGUUUUCUCGUUUUCGGCCGUAUGCCAGUGGAUUCGUCUCACUUUUUUCCUCAUUUUGAUAGUAUUUUGAGCCCAAAAUAUUUUAUUUUGAAGGCUUUAAAACGCAGUUUUGAUCCUAACGUACGGACCAACUGGCGGUCGACAGGAGAAUGUAUAGCGUGCUAAAUAUAACCACAGAGUAGAUAAGACAUACAGAGACGUAACUGACCGUUGUAAACACUGCCACAGAAUAGGAAGUUAUACCAGAAGCGUAACUCUAGUCGUUUCCCUUAUUGUUUGACGUCCACGAAAAUUUUAACUCGCUCACGUCAGGCCACGCCAUCCUGGCUAGUACAGCCGGAAGUUUUUAUCAGGAUUUGGUAGGUACAAAGUGCCGGUUGUACUAGCCAGGAUGGCGUGAUUGAUAACGUGAUUGAUGACGAAUCGCUUGUAAAAACGCGGACAAAUAUUUGCUCGAGUUACGCUUCUGGUAUAACUUCCUAUUCUGUGACACUGCUGAAGAUUACGUUAUCAUGUACCCACUUUUUUUCAGGCGACCGGGCGAAAAAUGAUCAACUGCGCGUGCUCAGCAAGUUUAAAGUGAGUCGUCAUCAGGUCGUCAUCCAAUCAGAUGCAUGCAUCUAGUAACUUGCCAAGCAUGCGCACAAAAAAGUGGGUACACUAGUUACGUCUCUGUAUCUCUCUACUCUGUGAUAUAACUUUACUUGUGCAUGUAGGCGGAAACGCCAAAAGUUUUAUUUGUAGGCGGGCACCGCAUUUUAGUACUGUGUCUGGUUAGUUUGUUAGUUUGUUAGUUUGUCCGUUUGUUAGUUUGUUCGCAUCAAUACGUUUCCUUAAUCGCCUACAAAAAAUUCCUUGCACUCGCUCGGAAUUGAUGAAUUUAUUAAUUAAUCGUGUACUCUCAUGAUGAUCGACUGUUUGCUCAGUUUUAUCUCUGGUUUUAUGCGUAAAACAAGGACAAAAAUACCACUGUUCGAAUCAGCGUGAAAAGUUGUGUUUACGGAUGGAAAAUUGAUUUCAAAAUUGACUUCUACUCUACCUAUUUGUCGCCUUUGAAAGACAAAAGCCGCUCAAAAUAAUCCUUCACGUUUUCCGAAUUCCUUUUUUCGAGGAAAGUUUUCUUUCGAAUUAAUCUCGAACUUUCACGAUUGACUUUUUGCUGCGACUUAUCUCUGGUUUUAUGCGCCCAAUAAGGACAACAAUACCACCGUUCGAUUCAGUGUAAGAAAUUAUACUCACAGAUGUCAAAUGUAUUACUAAACUACAGUAUUCUAGCGAUUUAUGGCCUUUGAAAGACAAGCGAAAUUGUAUUGUUCACAAAUCGCUCAAAAUUAUUCGCUCAAAAGUAUUAAACUAAUUAAAAAUGCAGUCCGUUUGAUCCUUGAUAACUUAGGAAUUGUUGGUUUUCUCGUUUUCGGCCGUAUGCCAGUGGAUUCGUCUCACUUUUUUCCUCAUUUUGAUAGUAUUUUGAGCCCAAAAUAUUUUAUUUUGAAGGCUUUAAAACGCAGUUUUGAUCCUAACGUACGGACCAACUGGCGGCCGACAGGAGCACAGAAUAGAUACCGGACUGUAUCUACAGGGUGUAUAAAAAAAACGCAACCACGGUGCAAUUCUUAAGCAUAAAAGAUUUUAGGCCGCUGGGAAUUGAAAUCGAAUUGCUAAUAGAUCAUAUUACUGUUGUUGUGCAUUAAAUAAUGCAUAAAUUUUGCUUUAUGCACUCGCGUGUGCAGUAAUUUUGACAGUUGUGCUAUUUUAAAUUCCCAGGCGCCUAAAAUCUUUUGCCGUCUUUAAAACAAUGUCGAUUUCUUGGGAAACUCCGAGGUUGCGCUUUUUUUUUAUACACCCUGUAUAUACUGUAUCUAUAUACUAGAUACUGUAUCUAUUCUGUGACAGGAGAAUGUAUAGCGUGCUAAAUAUAACUUAGCCUGCGAGCAGGCUCUCUGGGGAAAGAGAGCCUGCAAGGAUCCCUUUGAUGAUUCGGUGCAUGCGUCCAAUAUUUGGACGCAGUGCUCUGAUUGGUUGAUAACUGAUUCAUAUGAAGUGAUUGACAAGCUUCCAUAAACUUACACUUCCCGUUUUGUAAAACCGAGCAACGCAAAGCUUCGGAAUUGCGGCAAUGUAGAGAUAAAAGUGUCAUGUAUUUUGAUCCUGGUUGACUUUUUACUGUAAAUUAAUAUAGUAUUCAUAUAAAGACGAAUACUAAAAGCUUGCAUGCUUUAUUGUGUCCUUGGCUUGUCUGACUCCUAAGCGAAGAAUAAUUCUUGAGAAAGACUGCACAAAUUCGCAAACCGAAACCUAGGGACAAGGCAUUAUAUCGCUUCUCUUUUAUGAAACAAUAUUGGGAAUUCUGAUAAUAUUCAGUGCAUAUUGUGUGUAUUAAGCUUGGUUUACAAUGUUAUACUGACUAUUUAAUAUUUAUAAGUAUGCGGCGUUAAAAUGUACAGUAAUUUACUCGUCACUUUGUUUACAAUAAUUAUCACAUGCAUGUUUACUGCAAUUCCACUUUUUGUUGCAAAAUUUGAACUAUAAACAUAUUAUUAAAUUAUGUCCAAUGUCCAUGGUAUAUCAUAUAUUAUGUCUAUGUCUCACCAAAGCCAUAAAUUUCAGUAAGUUAUAUUAUUACUAUAUAUAUAGACUGUAUACAGUGUAUAUUAUAUAUUGCAGCACGAAGCAAUUCCAAAUAACUGAAUUAGUUAGCGGGUAAUAUACAACUUUAAACUUACUGUGCCUACAGGAGAAACACAUGCAGAUUGUAAUAAAAAGUACAACUUGAUAUAUUACUCUGUAAAACCUCGAGCCGUUUUAACUUUUUUAGUAUGCCACAGUGGCGGUCUGUAUACGAAACUAUUACAGUAACGAAUUUGAAACGAAUCGGUUUAUGUUUACAAUAUCGUAGUGUAUUCCGGUCUGCGCUGAUUGGUUGUUAUUAAUUGACCUGUGACAUCAUAAUUGAAGGGCGGCACGCAAUCAUCAUAGGGAUCCUUGCAGGCUCUCUUUCCCCAGAGAGCCUGCUCGCAGGCUAAAUAUAACUUUACUUGUACAUGCAGGCGGAAACGCCGAAAGUUUUAUUUGUAGGCGGGCACCGCAUUUUAGUACUGUGUGUGGUGGUUUUAGUGGUCUUGUUUAAAAUUGCUAGAAAGAAUGUGUAUUUUCCGGGUGUUUGGAAACCCAGGAACUACAGGAAUUACAGGAACAUGGACAGGAAUUACAGGAUCUACAGGAACUACAGGAUUUUCAGGAACAGCAUAAGUCAUAAUAUUUCUCGUUAAUAUAUUAUUUCUGUUUUUCAGUCAUUUUAGAUUACAAACGGGAAAUACAUACUCAGGAGUAUGUAUUUCCAGUUUGUAAUACAAAAUGACUGAAAAUUGCAAACUUCGCAAAGCUAUACAGGGGAGUAGGGUGCUUAAAAAUUGUGGAGGGGUUAGAUGGCAGAAAGUGCUGAACGACAAAUUUGAAAUUUAUGGUCUCCAGAUCGCCGGAAAUGGCAUUUUCAGAUCUUUCGUACCUCUUUUGUUAGGCCUAUACUACUUAUAAGUUCAUCUUUUAGACUUGAAACUGGUAUAAGUUACAGAAAUCCUUGCAAUUUCCUUUAAUUUUUGUAUUUUUCUUUGCCAUUUCCUUGUGCAUUUCAUUUCCUUGUAAAUUCCUUGCAAGGACCAAUAUUUCCUUGCUGCAAGGAAAAAUCCUUGCAAGUGGAAGCACUGUUUGAGAUGCCGGUUUUCGGAUAUUUCAACUCUCCCGAUUUUACCGGGAGUCUCCCGAAAAUUCAUGCAAUCUCAAAUUCUCCCGAUUUUUCAGAAUAUUCAGGAAAUAUCAUAAAAAAUUAUAAAUAUACUGUUUUUAGCAACAUACUAUAGUCUGUCUUGACCUUUUUUGAAGUUGCUUUAUGGCAAUUUAUAGGAUCACUUAUAACAACAUAUUCCCAAAAUGCAGGAAAUGCCAUUUCAGAAGACUUAAUUUUUAUUAUUUUUCAAUAGGUAUUUCCAAGCAUCCAUGUAUUUUUCUGUUUAUUAUAUAAAGGACAGUCUUUGAAAAGCGAUAAUUUUUACAGAAAAGCGAUAAUUGAAAAGUGAUAAUUUUCACAUGUGAGAUUAUCACUUUUAUCAGUGCUUGAAAUCUCUUUCAAAAACUCAUUAAUAAUUCAGGAAAAACACAAAGAAAAAUCCUAAGCGUGUCGUGGUUUUAUAUGUGAUAAAAAAUCAUGUUAAUUUACAUAAACUUUUCUCGGUUUAGACAAAGUUUAUUUUAAAAAUUACGUCGCCGAUGAACUUGUAUAAGAUGAGUCGUUUUUGAAGCUAUUUAAAGCACUUGUAGUCGUGUUUUAUCACAUAUAAAACACUCCGCUACACGUCGUGAAGUUUACUAUUCCGUCAGGCAUUUUAGUAUAUUUGGAAUAGCGGAAUAGCGGGAAUUUCGACCCCUGCCGUGUUACGUGACAUUGAAAAAAAUCUCUUCCUUAAUUUUCUUUGUUCAGAGAAAGGGCGGCAAAACCUUUCAAUUCCUACAGACAUUCUGUCUGUACUCCCCCACAAGCUUACAAUAAUGCUUAGACUUGCUCCAAGUCUCUCUUCCUUGUCAUAUAGUAUCGAUCCACUAUAGUGUACAUUACAUGACGUAGCACGGAAGGGCGGAGCGAGAAAGAGAGACUUGUCAACUUCGGAAAAUCUCGGUUCAAAACUGAACCGAAAAUGCAAGACUUCAGACUUGCUUUAAUUGUUUUCCUUCAAUUUCUUUCUGUAUUAUUUACUAUUAUGGAACUCAUGUUAUUUACACUGUGCUAGAUCAAUACAUAUAAACACUGACAGAAAACAAAGCAAGCCUUGCAUUUUCGGUUCAGUUUUGAACCGAGAUUUUCCGAAGUUGACAAGUCUCUCUUUCUCGCUCCGCCUCUCCGUGCUACGUCAUGUAAUGUACACUAUAGUAGAUCGAUACUAUAUGACAAGGAAGAGAGACUUGGAGCAAGUCUAAGCAUUAUUGUAAGCUUGUGGGGGAGUACAGACAGAAUGUCUGUAGGAAUUGAAAGGUUUUGCCGCCCUUUCUCUGAACAAAGAAAAUUAAGAGGAGAUUUUUUUCAAUGUCACGUAACACGGCAGGGGUCGAAAUUCCCGCUAUUCCGCUAUUCCAAAUAUACUAAAAUGCCUGACGGAAUAGUAAACUUCAUGAUCACAGUAUUCCGUUUGUAUAGUAGAAAAAAAUUGUGGUACCAAAUAUCAACAAGCAAGGGUUUACCUGAUCUUUAUAUAAAAAAAUCACUUUAUACCGGACUUUGAGCCACUGUUCCACUUCGUAGCUAAGUUCUUGUUCGCUUGCAGUACUUGCAUAUUCUAAUUUCUUUGCAGCAAUAUUAUUGUUGAUUUCAAGUCACUUUUCAACGCGCGAUUCCCAAGUUCGUUGCGAACUUGCCAAUUACAUUUCCAAGUUUGGAAAUUGGGCGCGAACUUCGCAACAAAGUUCGCAAGUUCAUUUCAGUGUUUGAACUUUGUUUUUUAUUACUAAUUUGUUCAUCACUGUACCGAGCAAUGCACUGUACAUGUUUAUUUCUUGUUAUUCAAUUAUUCAGUUGAUCAGUUCACUUUAGGAGUCUCAAGGAUGAUUUCACGAAAAUCAGAACAUUACCGCGGACCCUGCAUGAACAGAAACAGUACAUUAAGGAAUAGUGGAUUUUCAGACGGAAUAGCAAAUAUAAAAAUCUACUAUUCCAGCUGUAUAGAACAAAAAAAUGUAAAUUUCGACCCCUGCACGUGCUCAAAACUAAUGUGUAUAAUAUAUCACUUGAGGUUAUGACUAAAUUCAAAAUUUUUAUUUUUCGAUACGUUUCUCAAUCGGCAAACAAACUUAGAAAGUAUGUUUAGUGCUUUAUCUGUAAAAUAAUGCUAAAAUGAAGAGAUUUUAGAUGAUACGCCAAAGAGAAAAUGAUGUCUGAAGUUCAGUAAGUUUUGCUUAUAUGGCUGUAACUCACUCCAAGUCUCUCUUUCUUUGUCAUAUAGUAUCGAUCCACUAUAGUGUACAUUACAUGACGUAGUACGGAGGGGCGGAGCGACCAGUGCUCUCACUUUUAAGGAAUUAUCCUUAAAAAUAGGAAUUUUGAAGAGUUUUAAGGAUUUUUUAAGGAAUUUAGGUUUUUGAGGAUCUUUUUAAGGAAUUUCUGAAACAUUUUAUCCUGGACUAAAAACGUUGGAUGGAGGAUAACCACGCCACGCAAAUGAGAUUUAAACUUGAAAGUAGCAACAUUAUACGCACAUAAUUACAUAUAUUCGUAUGUUCUCUAUGUCAUAAAUGUACAUAUGGCUGUCUUUUCCAGUGGCGGGCAUAGGGGGGCCUGAGCCACCCCAAUAAUUUUGAAAGACUGUUAAAGAUGCGGUACAGUCCGUAUGUAAACAAAGGCUUUGUUUACAUUUCGGUAUCCAAAAGAUUGAAUUUUAUUCGACAACUAUUUAUAUUUUCAUGAUUCUAGAGUAUAAUAAAUUAAGAAGAGACAACAAUAUAAUCAAGCUUUGCAAGAACAUAAAACGAAAUAAAAACCUAAAUAAACUGUUUGUAAAUAAAAAGAGGGCUCCUUUGUGCACAUGCGCAGAUCGGACUGUACCGCAUCUUUAAAAUCUUGUACCAAAUAACACAAAUCACACUCGUAUAACGUAAUUGUCAUCAUAAUAUAAUAGUAUAUGUUUCUGUACAUGGCUUGGCAUGUGAUUUGUAACACUGAAAACGCACCAUUAAAACAGUGUUUUGAAACCCUAGUUUUUUACAAAAUGUGUUCUCAGAACGCUGCAAAUUUGGCUUUCCGGGAUUCAAAUUUUAAAAUUUUUCCGUGCCUUCGGCACGAGGCCCCCAAUAUUUCGUAAAGUGUCGCCACUGGUAUUUUCAUUAAAAUUCUCAAAAGUUAAAUGUCAGUAUAUGCUGUUUCUUCUGAAAUCUACAGUCCUACAGAUUUUUUAAGCUCUUCAUGCAGCAACGAUUAAAAAUACAUCAUGUUGAAUGUUUUCUUUAUGGCAUUAUGCUAACAAUCAAAUGUUUUCAAUUUUUAGUGCUUAGAAACAAGGUUAAAAACUGAAAAACAGAAAAAAGGAGGAAAAACAGAGACAACCUCGUACCCAGGGCUUCUGCGCUUAUUGAGCAAUAAGCGCAGAAGCCCUGGGUACGAGGUUGUUUCGCCUAUAGUUUUUCACUCCUACGACGAUCGAAAAAGAGAAAAAUUCGUAAAAUAUUGCAAACUAAGUGUGAUAAACUCACUUUUCCAAUACGCGUACUGAUGUUGAAAGUUUUAAACACAAAUUUAACCACACAAUCCCUCUCUCGGGCAAAUAAAAAGACUUUAUUUUCAUGUUUGUUGUCUCAAAAUAAAAUUGUUGCCGCCAUUUUGAAAUUUGAUGUCGGGGGGCAUAGAGAUUAUAAAUAACACUAGAGGAGGCAUCGAGUUUAAAAACUGGGAACGCAGCUAAUGGGGGGGCAAAUUCAAGUCCCGGAUAUAAAAUCGUGCUCUCAUUGGCUGAUUUGAAACUCGUCACCAAUGGGAACACGAAUACACAUCCGGGACUUGAAUUUGCCCCCCAAUAGUCGCGUUCCUUUUUUUUUACUGAAUUAAGAUUACAAUGCCUCCUCUAGUGUUAUUUAUAAUUUCUAUGGUCGGGUGCUGCCUCUAGUCACUUGCUAAGCUAUGCGCAGUAAGGCAUGCGCAGUGACCAAGCCUUACGCUUUUUUCAAUGAAGUCAGACAUCUGGUCCUCUUAACCUGUGCCACGGGCAAUACGCAAUUUUUUGCCCCGCGACAAGAGCCGAGUUUCAAACGGCAAAAAGUGUCUAAAAGUCUUUCAAAACUAUUUAAAACGAAGAAAAAUAAACCUAAACUAAAGAAAAGGAGCACCUUCUUUGGUUAAAGAACUUUCUCAAUAUGUUUUUGUUAGCGAAAGUCGAAAUUACAAGAGGGUCUUAAUGGGGGUCUUUGGGUGUCAGUUGUCAGCUAAAAUUUAAGCCAGUUGUCAGUGCGAUAUAUUGCAAGCUGUCAGUAGUCAGUUACUGCAAAAAAGCUGACUCAUCAUUUUUUCAUCAUUUCUCAGUUGUCAGUUAAUAGGAUAUUUUGUCAGUUGUCAGUCAAAAAUUCAGGCAAAGGUCUGUAGUCAGUAAACCCCAUUCAGCCCCUCUUACAAGGUAAAUUUUACAAUGUUUAUAACUAUUAAAGAAGUCAGGAAUAGCUGUCUUUUGACUUUGUGAAGAGCUGCAAAUCUUAUUUGCAGAUAGCCGAGGAAUUUGACACCAUCCUAAAUAAAAAAUACAACUAAAGCA